AUGGCAACGAAUGACCAAAGCAAGGUAGUCGAUCCGUACAAGACGAAGCUUGGCUAUGUCGAGGCCACCGACUGGGCAAUCCCCUACUGGGCGUCUUACUUGGAGGAGAACAAGCAUGGCCACUAUGAAAUGUUUGCUCAUGUCAACUGUGGCUACCUCUCAACUCCUGGGCGUCCGCCUACGCUCGAGGCACUCAAGAGGCAUGCGCAGUCGCUUGCUCACCUCAUUUCCACCAUUGCUCCAUCCUCUGGGCCUGGGGAGAUCGACAAUGUCAACUCGGGUGCAUCAGGUGCAAGGGAAUUCACCCAGCACGAAGCCUUUGAUUGGCUCAACAACCUGGAAGAGGCCUAUUCCUCCGAUGACCCAGCACACCACCGUCCAUUGAACAGUCUGUCCAAUCAGGCCAGGGCCAACAGCGACAUCAAGGGUGUCGAAUUCCACUGCCCUCUGGAUGUACCAGCAACACAAAAGUCCGUCAAGGCUGAGGAUGCAGCCAAGGAAACUGCCUAUCAGGCUGAGCGCAAGACCAGACCGUUUGCGCGGCACUGGAACCUUUUGAGACAUGCCAAUGACUGCCUGGAGAUUCUCGACCAUGAGUUCUCUGCAACCGGUGGACUGCUUUCAAUUCUUCCCACUGAGCAUGAAGUCGAGGCUGAGCAGCUUGAUAUGGCCAAGAAUACCCUGAUUGGCCAGUGGCUUACCUUUACCCAGGCGCUCACAAACCGUAUGCACAACCUUGAGAUCAACUACAGCAAUUGCCUCGAUGCACUCAAGGGAGAAGCGUUCAUUCCGUCGCAGCACCUCAGCCACGAGGGUCCAGAUGGACGUUCUGGAAGAGAGAUUGUUUUCCCUCAAGACCGCUGGGUUCUUGCAAAUGCUGGAGACGAUGUACAGGAAUGGGUUCACCAAAUUUUGGACAAGAUUCAGCAGGCCGAGGACCACACAAUGGUGGCCAACCGCGCAGUUGGCAUAGUUGGAGACGGAAUAUGGGAUACUGCCACGGAGGCCGAGCGCGGUCUUGUGUCCACGGACCUCGUCACACGUUACUAUCGCAUUAGAGGCAGUGCCAGUGACCGCGGCCCCAUCUUUGUUCUGCCUGGAUUUGCCGACCGCCCUCAUGUGAAAUACACGCGCAUGAUGGAAGAUCGACCGACUGUAGUAGGGCUUGUUGCACCGCAGGAGCCCAAAAUUAUCCCUUCAGCAAGCGCUCUUCAUGACACCUACCUGGCCAAGAUGGCCGAUUUGGCGGCCAAAGACAAGGAUGAUUGCAAGGCUGUGAGGGAUGAGAACGAAAAACUGAAGAAUGAUCUCAAGAUCCAGCAAGAAAAGGUCUCUGAAGAGAUGCAAAAGAACAGCUCAUUGACUACCGCAACGACUGACGACCAGACCAAAGUCGCCGCGGAGCUUGAGAGUCUUAAGAAGCAGCUUGCCGACUCACAGAAGUUGGCGGAGGAUAGAGAGACUCAACGGCAGGCGGCCCAGACCUUGUAUGAUGACCUGUUGUCGAAUCGCUACUCGGGCUUACCCGGAACCACUGGGGGGGCUUUUGUGGUUCCACGCGACAUUGACGGCCAUCCUAAGGAGCAGGCACUGAUAGCCUUGUUGAAGUCGCUCAAGAAGUCGUCCCGUGACAACGAGGUUCUGAGAGAUACCAUUGAAACUCUUCAAGGGGAAAUUAGAAAGAACACUGCUGCUACAAAGACUACCGCUCCAACAAGCUAG